AGGAAAGGAUACUUUGUGUCGGCUACAACCGACGAAAGGAAACCCUCAAGAAACCCCCAUCCUCUCAACCCCCCCCGCCUUCAUCUGCUGUUCUCCACUUAUAUUUCGCCACAAGGGUUUUCUAGAUUCCAUCCCCUCAAUAAAAACAACACAGCUUUUCCGUAAUUUAGAAACCACCGCAGGAAGAAGAUCAUUAGCACCCCAGCCUACCUGAUCACAUGGGCAAUUGUGUGUUCAAAGGCUUCGGAGAAGUUGAAGAUAUGGUGAAAGUGGUAACAUCCAGCGGUGGCAUCAUGGAACUAUUCGCACCCAUCACCGCCGAGUGCAUAACCAACGAGUUCCCCGGCCAUGCCAUUUACCCCACACCUGACUUCCUCUCUCCGCCUCUCCUCCACAACGAAGAGCUCCAUGCAGGCCACCUCUACUAUCUCCUCCCUACCAACAACAGCUUCGCCAAACACCACGAUCAAAACAACGUUGGAGACGUCGACAUCAGGAACAGUAACAAGAACAUUAUAUCUACAUCUUCAUCUAUCAAUACUCCAUAUCGCAUGUCGUUCGAUCAGCAGAGGGUGUUGAAGAGAACCGAGGCGGAGGUGCUGCCUAGGUAUAAUAGCAGUGGAGUAUGGAAGGUGAAGCUGGUGAUAAGUCCAGACCAGUUGGCUGAAAUCCUGGCGCAGGAGUCUCGAACGGAGGCGUUGAUAGAGAGCGUAAGGACGGUGGCUAAGUGUGGAAAUGGGGUGUCGUCGGUGGCAAAUUCUGAUCAAUUCAGUGUUUCUAGUAGUUGGAAAACUCCAUGGUAAAACAUGCUGAUGGUGUAUAUAUCUUCAUUGUUAGCCGUAGUAUUUGGUAUUGUGAUAUAUAAUUGAUAUGUUCCUUUAGUAAGUAUAAUUGUUUUAGGUGUAGAGUUAGUUUUUAUCCUGGACCUGGAAGGAAGUCAGAAAUGUGUGCUAACUAGUGCCAUUGAUAUAAGUAUGUGUGAUUACAAAAUUUGUAAUGAUUUUCCAAAUCUUUUCUCUAAGAGUGAUGUUAAUGUUUACUUUCAAUAAAAUUACAUGAUGUCAUUA